GCUUCUCUCUCCCAUCAGUUUUUUUCAAUGAGCUUACCUUUUCGCCAUUGAAGUAAGGCACGCCACACGAGGUCCUUAUUUUGGAUCGCCACCAGGUGCAUCGCUGAGUCAUGGAGACAAGGAGUGAAAAUGAACCAGAAGUAGACAUCAAGGCAUCAGAAAUAAAAUAUGUUAGCUAUGGAGGUGAACAUCAUCUACCUCUUAUCAUGAACCUUGUUGACGAAGAGCUCAGUGAGCCCUACUCCAUCUUCACUUACCGCUACUUUGUCUAUCUUUGGCCACAACUGUCUUUUAUGGCCUUCCAUAAGGGGAAAUGUAUAGGGACGGUGGUCUGCAAGAUGGGAGAGCAUCGUGGUACGUUCAGAGGUUACAUUGCGAUGCUUGUGGUGCUUAAGCCUUACAGAGGCAAAGGAAUCGCUACAGAACUUGUCACGAGAUCAAUCAAGGUGAUGAUGGAAUCUGGUUGUGAAGAGGUGACUUUGGAAGCAGAAGUUACGAAUAAAGGAGCACUCGCUUUAUAUGGCCGUCUUGGAUUUAUUAGAGCAAAGAGACUUUUUCGUUAUUAUUUGAAUGGUGUAGAUGCUUUCCGGCUCAAGCUAUUGUUUCCUCGCGUAGAACCACAGCCCUUUAAUUCCAUGGCAGAUGCUGGUGAUGAGAGCCUUGAGUAUAAUGAGCACAUACAUUGUGGAGAAAAUCCCCCUUGUUGCCAACACAACAUGUAAACUGAAUAUUCUGAUUAAACAGGUAACUUGUGCCUACAUUGCUCAGACUCUUCAAAAAUAUCGACAGGUGUGUGUCGUGCACUCCAAAAGUACUGCAUUUGGGAGAAUCCAACAUGGGUACGACAACACUUUUGGAGAGUCCAAAUGCCAAAGAGACCACAUUAGACCGCCUUUUUCUCGUUAUAAUCCCAAUUUUGGUAGAUGUUUUUUGUUUUGUGAAGUUGUAGAAACUGAGGUCUUCUUUGCUGGAAGGUAUAGUCAUCAAUCACUUGAGUAUUGAUGCAUCUAUUCUCUGAAAAACUGUUUAAUGAGCUCUGCUUUCAGUUUUCAUCCCCUAAAUCAACAGGAAAUUCGAGAUACACAUCGUGUUUUACGAGACGUUUGAUCAUGUUCAAGCAGGGAAUCGUAGUCGAGAUAGAACAGUUAUGCUUAA